GUUUUCAAAACAGAGCCGUAAGCAAAUCCACAAUAUCCAAUUCUUGGUAAAAAGGGGGCACGGAUUGCCCGGUGGAUUCGUUAAAGACUCUACGAGCUUCUGCUUCACAAAAGAAAAGGGGCAAAAACCCAUAAACGAAAGUAGCUUUUUAGGCGCUUUCAAGCUCUCGAGCUAUCGUCUUCUUCAUCAUAGACUAAUGGACUGCACUUGCAGCAAUUUCAGAAGCUCAACUGCUCCACUAUCAUGGACACCCACUUCCUCUUCUCGGCUCCCACAGUCCCAAUUCAUUUCAAGACUCAAAUUUCGGAAUUUGAAGCGUAUGAACUUGAAUAAACAUUCUAUGGUGGUGAUGAGCGUUUCUGGGUCUAGCGAAAAUGGCUCCCUCGAUAGGUAUCCCCUUACGCCCAACAAGCUUUUCAUGCAGGAGGCAAUUGGAGCUGAAUAUGGAGAAGGAUUUGAGACUUUUAGACCAGAUGGUCCUAUGAAAGUGGACGUGGAUUUUUUGAACGAUAGACUGCAAGAAGGGUUUCUUAAAAGAAUUCGUUAUGCUAUGAAACCAGAUGAAGCAUACGGCUUAGUUUUCUCUUGGGAUAAUGUUGUGGCAGAUACUCAAACUUUAAAGUUAACGGCAUGGAAGCAACUUGCCUCAGAAGAAGGGAAAAGGGUUCCUGAAGAUGGUGAUGUACAGAAGCUAAUGCUUUAUGCAGGUGCAGAUCAAGUAUUGCAGAAGCUUCUACGUUGGGGCAUGGCAGAAAGUGAGCUGGAUAGAUUGAAAUUGAGGUUUUCACAGUUGUAUUACAGAGGUCUUCUUUCUCUUAAAACACCAGUUGAUGGCCUCAAAGAGUGGCUGGAUGCAGUGUCUACAGCUCGCAUUCCCUGUGCCAUUGUUUCAAGCCUUGAUCGGAAACACAUGCUUGAAGCAUUAGACCGAAUGAGUUUGAAGAAAUAUUUUCAGGCAAUUGUAACAGAGGAAGACGGUAUGGAGUCAAUGGCUCAUAGGUUCCUAUCUGCUGCUAUGAAGCUGGAUCGAAAGCCGUCCAAGUGUGUGGUGUUUGAAGACGAUCCUCGGGGCAUAACUGCUGCUCACAAUUGUACAAUGAUGGCUAUAGCAUUGAUCGGUGCCCACCGUGCAUAUGAUCUGGUGCAGGCGGAUCUUGCAGUUGGUAGCUUCAACGAGCUUUCAGUGAUCAACUUACGGAGAUUAUUCGCUAACAAAGGUUCAACAUUUAUGGAUUUGCAGAAGCAGAAUGCCGAGAAAGCUCCGUCAAAGAGAAAGCUUACCAUCGAUACGAUAUUCUGAUUCAUUUUCUUACAUUCCUCAGUUCUUUCCAUGUAUUUAAGUUGGUCAUGAUGUCAAUUCUUUUGUUGACAAAAGUCUAAAAUGGAGGAGCUAAACCUCUCUCACCUAAAAACUUCCAAAUGAAAUUAGAAGAGUUAAUAGAUGAAUAUGGCUUUUCACAUUUGACUACA